AUGUCCGACAAUGGCAAUAAGAAGAAGCGUCUGAUGACAGACUUUUUUGGAGGAGGCAAGACCAAAAAGACAAAGACGUCGGCUACCGUUUUUCUCGUGUGCCCUGGAGCCGGUGGCGUGCUGCCGAAAGAUGGCACCCUGGAGGCUCAGCUGGGCCGUAUGGGUCGAGUGGCAGUAAUUCCCAAGAGUACAGGGUAUAAUGGCAGAAACGGUUGUGUCGCUGGAUCGAAUGGAUCUCUCAACCAGAAUUUGCAGAUCGUGAAUGAUCAUAUUGCGCAAGAGGCAGCAUCGUCCAACGACGACGAAAUUGUGCUGGUGGGACAAAGCUUUGGGUGUCGGGCGAUUGUACAUUGGAUCUGCGGCAAUCACGAAGUUCGAACGCAUCCGUCCAUUCCAGUGCCAUGGUCAGACGAUGCCACACCCGACAAUUACCAAGAGUUGCGUCACAAGAUCCAAAAAGUUGUCUUUUUUGGAUAUCCUUUGGAUCAUGCCAAACAAGAUCGAUCCGCAGCUCUCAAACUGUUGCCGGAAAAUGUUCGAGCCUGUUUUGUCAUUGGUACAUCGGACAAAUUGGCACUGGGAGACAAGCUCAACCAGGAGGGAAUCAAGGAGACCGUGGAGAGCACUCUGGCUACCACUCAAAUAAUUUGGGUCGAAAAGGGUGGUCACGGCCCUCCCAAUGAAAAGACAUGGACGGGCAUGAACCUCAAUAAACAGCUGGAGGAUUUUCUGAGCGCAAAAGCCGAGUAG